GGCCGCCGCGGCGGGCGCGGGCGGCCUGGCGCACCUCGGCAGUCUCUGGCACGCACAGAGUAGGUGCACGCGCCAGGUGGACUUCGGUGAGGGCUUCUCGGCGGACCGCGAGCUGCUGCGCCUGCUGGAAGGGCAGCUGCAGCGCUGCGUGCCCGCCAACCUCACGGUCCUAGCGCCUUGUGCGCCGCCUGAGUGCUCGGGCUACCAGGGCUUAGUCGUGCUGCUGGUCGCUGUGCUGGCGUUCCUCGCGGGGGCGCCCUGGACAGCCUCUGCCUGUCUGAUGGCCAAGAUGGCCGCGCACUUUCACCAGGGCCAGCGGGUACUCGUCUCCUACGACGUGGGCCCUCGCGAGCUGCUCUGGCAUGAGCGGUUCCUGUGCGCUCGCGUGCAUGAGGGCUCGUGGGUAGUGGCCGCCCCAGAGCGUGACAUCUACUUGGGGGAUCUCGAGGAUGGGAUCGAGAGUCUGGCGCCGCUCGGUCCGAUGGGCGGUCUGCCGCUGGGCUGGAGCCGCGGGCCGACGCACAUGUUCCGUGGCUCCUCUCAGGGACCGCUGCGUCGUGCUGAGAGCUUGCGCCUGCAGGCCGAGGGGGCGGGGCUGGCCGAAAAGGAGAAGCUGGACCUGGGCUUGGGCGCCGCCCGGGAGCUGAGGGCGCUGCCUGUGAAGCACGAGAAGUCGAGCCAGCGGCGCCGCUCGUGCAAGGAGGCCGCGUCGCUGACCACCGCCGCGGCUUUCGACGACUGGCCCAUCAGCGGACCUCGGACGGCAGAGUGGCUCGCUCGCGAGAUCGCCCGCCAGGAGCUGACGCCAGUGCGCGACUGGGGUGUGGGUGAGCACGAGUCCCUCAGUCGGCUCUUCGAGUACGCCCUGACGUACGACCAGCUCAACUUCGGCGAACUGGCCUCGCUGGAGCUCGCAGGGCGACGCUACCAGCUGCUGGAGGAGAGGCGCGCCAGGAUGCUGGUCUCGGCGACGGCAAGCGGGGGCAGCGGCCACCUCGACAACGACAGGCUCUUCAUGGGCGAGGAGGGCCGACACGGGCGCGCCUUGGUGGCGCCUGCGCCGGAGACCUGGAUCUCGCAGAAGCUGUCAGAGGAGAGCGCCGUGCUCAAGGAGCAGCGCAAGGCGAUGGAGGAGCGGCAGCUGGCUCGCUCGACGGCGCGGCUGCAGGACGACGUCGCGACGCUCAACGCUCUGGGCGGGCGCGGUGAGGUGCGGGGCCCCAUAGUGCUGCCAGGUGCCAUCCAGCGCCAGGCGGUGGCCAGCUUGGCCAGGGCCUACUACUCCGUGCCGCCUCCGCCCGACGACCUCACCACCUCGGGAGCGUGGUCUGCGCUUCGGGGCUGCGGGUCCAGCUGCGCCUGUGGAGGCGUCGUCGCCGGAGAGUUCGCCACCUACCAGCGUGUCAGGCUGGCCCUGCCGGCGGUCGGCAACCAGGCGAUCGACCUCGUCGGCUGCCUGCCCGACCACUACCAGAAGCUUCUGGAGGAUAGUGGCCGCGCUAUUCGGCUACCAGCGGCGCGUGCACAGGACGGCGCGGCGAUGGCGGACGAGCUGGGCAAUGCGAUGGAUCCCGUCCUGUCGAGGUCCCCGAGCAAGUUCGCCGAGUUUUUGAACAGUGCUUAUGACUCUGGGGUCGUCGAGCCGGCGACCGGGGCUUGCAAUUUUGUGGGGGUUUUCUUUGUUCGUAAGAAGGACGGUUCGCUGCGGAUCAUUUUCGAUCCUCGGAAGACCAACGCGCAGUUCGUGCCGCCCGACAGUGUCGCCCUGGCCUCGCCCGAGAACUGCUACUACCAGUUCCUCCUGCCCGUCGACCUGCGCACCGACUUCGCGCCGCUGGCGGCGCCGCGGCAGGCGCUGCCGCGCCGCCUGCUCGACCUGUUUCCUGGAAGCGCCGAGCUGGUGCACUUCCAGGUUCGCGUGGUGCCGAUGGGCUGGGGCUGGGCCGUGGCGCUCGUGCAGGCGGCGAACGCGGAGCUGCUGCCGUCGGGGCCGAUGGGCGCUCGGCGCUGGAUCUGCAAUCGCCGCUGCGCGCCCGCCGUCGCUGGGCGUGAGCCCGCUGCUCUCCUGCACAUCGACAACUUCGCCUCGUUGUGGGCCGAGAAGGAGGCAGUCCAGGUGGAUGGCGACUCGAUGGAGAGGCAGCUGAGGGGUCGUGGUCUGGCUACUCAUGACGUCUCCGGGCCGCAGGUCGACGUGGACCUCUUGGGCUUCCACGUCGACGGUGUGAAGGGCGCGAUCCACAUCGCGCCCAAGCGGUUCUGGCGGCUGGUCCUUAGUCUGGACCGCAUCUUGACGCGCCCACUCCUGGCGGGAGCCGAGCUGGAGAGGCUGAUCGGACACCUGGCGUGCGUCCUCUUGCUGCGGCGCGAGAUGCUCAGAUUACUCAGCGCCUCUUACGUUUUCAUCAGCAAGUGCUGCGCCCGCCGUGCGCGGCCCUGGCCUUCGGUGCGUCGGGAGCUGUCCUGGGCGCGGGCGCUGCUGCCGCUGGUGCGGGCCGACCUGCGCGGCACCUGGGCGCCUAGCGUCAUGGCCGUGGACGCGUCCCUGACGGGCCUGGGCGCCGUGGAGUGCGCAGCCGCCCCGGCCGAGGUGGACCGCGCCGGGCGCGCGAGAGAGAGCUGGCGGUUCAAGGAGAGCGAGCUGGUGGCCGAGGGCUCGAGGGCGCGCGCCCUGCGAGAGGGCGCCGUGAGCGACUCUGCCAGAGGGCGCCGUGAGCGACUCUGCCUUUCCCGACGUGCCCGCCGAGUUCUGCAAGUCACCUCGGUGGAAGACCGCGGCUUCGAGACGUUGGCGGCGCAAG